CGCCCAGUUUCCUGUUUUUCUUACUAAACCCACCCUAGAGAUCCAAACUCCCAUCUCCUGCUCAUCACCCCCCUUCGCCGCCGCCGCCGCCGCCGCCGUCCAUCUCCAUCACUCCACCACGCAAUGCCCACGGCAACAUAGCUCUUCGCGCGAUGCCCCUGACCAUUUCGAUCCCCCGCCUCCUCGCCGCCAUCUCUGCUGCCGCCUCCUCGCCCGCUGACCUCCGCCGCCUCUCCCACCUCCUCCUCAACCCCUACGCCCCACUCCCUCCGCUCCGCUGCCUCAACACCUUCCUCAUGGCCCUUGCCCGCCACCGCAUGCUCCCGGACAUGGAGUCCUUCACAUCCCGCAUGCCCGCACGCAACCUUCGCACGUACACCACCCUCAUCAACGCAUACUGUCUCGCCGGCGACCUCCCUGCUGCUAAGAGGCAUCUUGCUUCCCUACUCCGCGCCGGUCUCGCACCGGAUUCCCAUGCUUAUACCUCCUUUGUUCUUGGAUACUGCCGUGCUGGGCUGUUUGCGCACGCCUGCCGGGUGUUUGUGCUAAUGCCGCUCCGAGGGUGUGCGCGCACUGCCUUCACGUACACUGCCCUGCUCCAUGGUCUUUGUGGCGCUGGUAUGCUGCGCGAAGCUGUGUCAGUGUUUAAUGGGAUGCGGGCAGACAGGUGCACCCCUGACACGCACGUGUACGCCACGAUGUUGCAUGGGCUGUGUGGGGUGGGGCGAACUGGUGAGGCGGAAGUUCUUCUUGCUGAGGCAAUCACCGAUGGUUUUGAACCGAAUGUGGUUGUCUACAAUGCGCUGAUUGAUGGCUACUGCAAUGCUGGGGACAUGAAGCUGGCUGUUAAUGUUUUUGACAGGAUGGAUGUUAAUGGCUGCUCACCAAAUGUCCGGACAUACACUGAGCUGAUAUGUGGGUUCUGCAAAUCUAGGAAGGUGGACAGAGCCAUGGUGCUGUUCAACCGGAUGGUUCAGGCUGGUUUGCUGCCAAAUGUGGUGACAUACACGGCCUUAAUUCAGGGACAUUGCAGUGAUGGGCACUUGGAAUGUGCUUUUAGGAUGCUCGAGUCGAUGGAGACCAGUGGGUUGGUUCCUAGUGAGUGGACUUGCUCAGUGUUGAUUGAUACUCUGUGCAAACGUGGAAGAGUUAGAGAAGCGCAGUUGUUUCUUGCAUCUGUUAUACAGAAGGGAUAUAAGGUGAAUGAGAUUGUCUACACCAGCUUGAUUGAUGGAUUGUGCAAGACAGGAAAUGUUGGUGCUGGUGACAAGUUAAUGCAGAAAUUGGUUUCACAGGGGUUUGUGCCAGAUGCCCAUACAUACAGUUCACUGAUUGAUGGAUUAUGCAGGCAAAAAGAGUUGUCACGAGCAAUGUUGGUAUUGGAUGAUAUGAUGUUGAAAGGAGUACAACCCAGUGUUGUCACAUAUACCAUUCUAAUUGAUGAACUUGUUAGGGAGCUAGGAUCUGAAGGUUCAAAGAAGAUACUUGAUAAGAUGAUUGCAGCAGGUACUAAGCCUGAUGUUUUCACCUACACAAUAUUUGUUCGCUCCUACUGUUGUGAGGGGAGGAUGAAAGAUGCUGAACACAUGAUGGUUCAAAUGGUUGAUCAUGGCGUUUGCCCUAACUUAGUGACGUACAACACUUUGAUAAGUGGGUAUGCCAAUUUAGGACUAGCAAGUCAAGCGUUUUCAACUUUCAAGCACAUGGUUGCUACCGGGUGCAAGCCAAAUGAGGAUUCCUACACGAUUCUUCUUAGGCUAUUGGUAAAGAAAAAGUCCUCUAAUGAUAUGCCUGCCUGCUCCGUUGAUAUAUGGAAAAUAGCAGAAAUGGAAUGUCUCCAGGGGCUUUUGGAGGAAGUGGUUAAGCUUCAGUUGCCUUCAGACAUUGAUAUUUAUAAUUGUUUUCUUAGGUCUUUAUGCCGCGUUGAUAGAUUGGCGGAAACUAAAGUUUUUCUAGUUGAGAUGCAGAGUGCUAACUUGACCCCCAGUGAGGAUGUAUAUACUUCAAUUAUAGGGUGUUGUUGCAGACUAAAAAUGCCAGCUGAAGCUUUGACAUUUCUUGAUUCAUUGAUUGAAAGUGGUUAUUUACCACAUAUAGAAUCAUAUAAGCAUAUUAUUUGUUCUCUUUGUGAGGAAGGAAGCAUUAAGACCGCUAAACAUGUUUUUGGUGACAUGCUGUCGAAGGAAUACAACUAUGAUGAAAUUGUCUGGAGGAUUCUGAUUGAUGGUCUAUUGCAGAAGGGCAAUGUUGCUGAGUGCUCAAGUCUGCUCUCAGUGAUGGAGGAAGAAGAUUAUCGCCCUAGUGAUGCAUUGUAUGCCAGGCUUACAGGUAAAAUAACAGUUGCAAAUGAUGAUCAGGAAACAGCUUGAUAAAGUUAGAUAAACCAAUCAACUGUUGUGUGUUGGUGGUCUAUUGCACAAGUUGGAUCUGUUUCAUCCCUUGGAGUAAAAAUGUCACUGCAGAAGACCAUACAAACUACACAUAGAAUAAGUGUACUCUCAUUGUCUUCAACCACUGGCUAGACCUUUAUGUGUCACAUGCAUCAGAUUCUCAGUGAUAGCCGGAGCUUCUCAACAACUAGAAGAGGAACUAGAGCAGCCUGCAUUCAAUUUUGCAGAUAGCAAGGUAGUUGUUGUCUCAGGAACUGAGAAGGGCAUCUCCAGCGGCCGCAAACCGUCUGUUAACCAUGCGGUCCAAAAAUGGGUCUGCCCCCCCUCCCCAGCGGCCCGACGCAAAAUGACUGGUCUCUCCGCGGGGACACAAACGUGACCCAAAUUUGGGGUCGAAAUGCGUCGGCGCAGACUCGGCAUGGUCAGCACACGUGUCUGCGCCCUUCGCACUUGGGCCCACCCGUUAGCGACCAUGGAUGCUUCGUCUUUCUGCGGGUGAGUACUGGGGCGGGCGGCGUUGUGCAGCUUUCUAGGCUAACGGCGCACCUCACCAUCUGCGCGCCUGCAACGCUAGGCUUCUACGCCAGGGCAUUGAAGGCGAGGCGCGCCAGCAAUGCUGCUAGGCUCUCGCCAGCCUUUUCAAGGGGCACUGGUGGUGGCCAUUUCCUCACCCACGCGAUCGCCAGUGUUUAGUAGUCGCAGCCCUCUUUUCCCGACCUAAACCAUAGGAAAAAGCUGGCCCUUCCGCAAGAAGAAUCAAGACGGCGAGGCCAGCUCCUCGCAUGGCGGCAAGAAGGCGCAGCAGCGCUGGUACGUCCCCAUUAAGCUUGCGAGCUAGCUUUGGGAGGCGAACCGGUUGGUGCCAUGGUACGUCAACUCCCGCCGCGUGCCGGUGCCUCGUGUGCCUUGUGCAGGACGAGAGCGGCGCGAUGAGGUCCGGCGCCGGCGAUUCAUACUGCCGUCGGAUCUGCGCGAAGAUUCGGCGUUCGACCUCAACUCCUACCAUUGGCUCACGUUCGGGACGUGAGAGUUUGACCCGCUUUGCUGGGUUCUUCAAGCGCGAACUCUUGAACGCCCUCACGGAUGACGAGGAGGACGAUGACGAGGAGGCCACCGAACGACGAGGAUGGCGAUAACUACGAGGACUAGGGCUUUGACGACGGCGGCGUGGUGUGGGAUCCGGAGCACCAGCUGCCUUAUCUCACCGAGGACGAGGCCAUCCAGCUUGCCAUUGACCAGAGCGAUCUCGACCAGCUCGCGGAGCGGAACGGCAUUGGCUUCCAGCUUCGUGAGUCGGCGCUGGCGCAGGGGACGGCGGUAACACUUCCGGUGACUUCUGAGCGCCAGAUGCGCAGCCCAUCUGCUACUGCUCCCGUGGUGUGGGAUCCGUGGCCGGAGCCGCCGCCGGCGGCUACCCUUCCUCCUCCUCGUCUUGCGCUGCCGGUAUACCAUCAGCUGCCACCGGUGCCGCGCAGGCCAUUGGAGAUGAUGGAGGUCAUCGACCUCACCGGCGACAACUAGACGCCAGUAGACUUCGCUGUGUUAUUACAUUUUGUUUGAAACUAUGUACCUCUGUAUCAUCGUUGUUUCCUUUGUUAUUUGAUAUCAAAUGCACGUAAUUUCAUCAGUGCGCCUGUACAACCUUUUUUUUUCAUGGGAGUGCACUUGUACAACCUUUGUAUAUCCUGUACACUCGACAACAUAUUUCUCUUUUUUAUCCAGCCUCUUGUAUUUUGUA